CGUGCCGUUAGCCAAGUUAGCUGCCAGGUCGGCUACCAGGAUGGCUGAGCCUCGAGAUCCCUCCGGACUCUAGGGCCGGAUCUGAAGCGGGGACAGGAACUGACCCCUGUCUGUCCAACAGUGUUCCCACUUUCCUGUGCGGUGCAACAGUAUGCCUGGGGGAAGAGGGGCUCCAACAGCGAAGUGGCACGGCUGCUUGCCAGCAGUGACCCGCUGGCCCGUAUCUCAGAGGACAAGCCAUAUGCAGAGCUGUGGAUGGGAGCACAUCCCCGAGGGGAUGCCAAGAUCCUUGACAAUCGAAUCUCACAGAAGACCCUGGGCCAGUGGAUUGCUGAGAAUCCAGAUUGCUUGGGCUCAAAGGUCAAAGAUGCCUUUAACGGCAAGCUGCCCUUCCUCUUCAAAGUGAUCUCUGUGGAAACAGCCCUGUCCAUCCAGGCACACCCCAACAAGGAACUGGCAGAGAAGCUCCAUCUCCAGGCCCCAGAGCACUACCCUGAUGCCAACCACAAGCCAGAGAUGGCCAUUGCACUUACUUCCUUCCAGGGCUUGUGUGGCUUCCGGCCUGUGGCGGAGAUCCUGACCUUUCUGAAGAAGGUGCCUGAGUUCCAGCUCUUGAUUGGGGAUGACGCAGCCACACAGCUGAAGCAGAGUGUGAGCAGUGACCCCCAGACAGUGGCCGAGGCUCUGCGCAGCUGCUUCUCCCACCUAAUGAAGAGUGAGAAGACGACAGUGGUGGUACAGCUCAACCUGUUGGUGAAGCGCAUUUCCCAGCAAGUGUCAGCUGGGAACAACAUGGACGACAUUUGUGGGCAGCUCCUACUUCGGCUGCACCAGCAGUACCCAGGGGAUAUCGGCUGCUUUGCCAUCUACUUUCUGAACCUGCUCACCCUGAAGCCAGGGGAGGCCAUGUUUCUAGAGGCCAAUGUGCCCCACGCCUACCUGGAGGGAGACUGCGUGGAGUGCAUGGCAUGUUCAGACAACACAGUGCGUGCUGGCCUGACACCCAAGUUCAUUGAUGUGCCAACCCUUUGUGACAUGCUCAGCUACACUCCCAGUCCCAGCAAGGACAGGCUUUUCCCCCCAUCACAGAGUCAGGAAGACCCCUACCUCUUCAUCUAUGACCCCCCUGUGCCAGACUUCACCGUGAUGAAGAUGGAGGUCCCUGGCUCCGUCAUUGAAUAUAAGAUCUUAGUGCUGGACUCUGCUAGCAUCCUCCUGGUGCUGAAGGGGACAGUGACAGCCAGCUCACCCACAGCCCAAGCCCCCAUCCGCCUGCAGCGUGGCAGUGUGCUCUUUAUUGGGGCCAAUGAGAGUGUCACGCUGAAGCUUACUACACCUGAGGACCUACUGCUAUUCCGGGCCUGCUGCCUGCUGGAGCAGCAGUAGCCUCCCCAGCUGUCCCCUGCUGGUCACUCAAGUCCCUUCCGCUCUGCAAUCUCCAUACACUUAACAAUAGGCCAGCAGGGAGCUUGCAGGUUGUGACUCCAGGACAACCUCAGCCCAAGACAUCUUCAGGACAAGGUUGACAUUGCUAUCUCAUCAGUUCUCACCACACCCCCAAGCCUGGCCAUGUCAACUUGAGGUGGUAGCUCUGUGCCUCUCACAGCAUCAGGCUGUUUGGUGAAACCUAUGGUCCUGAUUUAGCUCAGCACCCAACAGUGGGACUAGAAGCAGGUUUUUGCCUGAGGCUGCUGUCCCGUUUCAGAGCCAACGGGGGAGGGGCCCUCCUGCACUGUCAAAGGGAUUAAAGCUUGCUGUGUCGGCUGUAA